UCUAUCUCUAUAUAAGGGCCCUUAUUUUCUUAUUGUUUUCCACAUCCAUUCUCCUCAUCACCAAAACAUUCUCUUUCUCUCUUUAAUAUAAUAUGGGGCUCUUCAUGCGCUCUCUUUCAACUCUUUUUGUCCUCCUCCUCCUGUUGGCUACUGAAAUGGGGCCAAGAGUGGCGGAAGGAAGGACAUGUGAGGCACAAAGCCAUCACUUCAAGGGACCAUGUGUGAGGAAGAGCAACUGCGCCAAUGUUUGCCGAACCGAGGGCUUUCCCAGCGGCCACUGCCGUGGCUUUCGCCGCCGUUGUUUUUGCACUAAACAUUGCUAAAAUGUUAAUUAAUUAAUUAUAAACAACACUACCUAGCCUUUAUUUGAAUAUGACAAUAAACAUAGUAAAAUUGGCUUUUUAUGUGCCAUGGUUUUACUAGGUGUGUUAGAUGUAUGUGUGUUGUUUUGAUUUUCUAUUUUUAUUUUUGGGUUUUGUUGGGGUGUUAUGAUUGUCACUUUUGUAUUAACUUUUGCUUGUUAAUGCAGCUUCCUUAUUCCAUGUCUUAAUAAA